CGCGCUUAUUUCAUCACCUUUAACUUAUUUAGAGAGAACAUCUUAGAGUUUGAUUUAGGAAAAUUUGCUUGCACUAACAUAAUCGCCUAAUCCCACACCUGAAAAAAGACAUGUUACCAAGAAAACGCCUGGUCCAGGAAUCGUAAACCCUGUUCAACUGACCCGAGACCAAAAAGAUAAAUUCCACUUCAGGCUAAAUUUGUGGGUUAGUUGCAAGCCACCGAACUCUUAAUACAAUACUUUCACGCUUUGCGUAAUCAGUUUUGUAUGCUUAACCCAGCUUUUGAACAAUUCAGAGUAGCUGAGUGAUUGGAACAAUAAUUUCAGUCGUCUAAAUUUAUCUUGAAUGAUGCGUACGUCUGAUUCGUUUAUUACUUCUUGUUGGUUUGUUUUGGUUUGGAUGGGAUGAUUCUUACCAAAUCACAAAUCUGGCAAAUUCAUCUAACCAAUCAAUCGUUUUACAAAUACGUCACUGUAUUUCGUAUAUAAUGCUAUUUUCUGAUGUUUCAAUUAUUUAAAGCAGGUCAUUGUUAUUUGUUAUUUGUUAGUGAAUACUCCGAAACCAAAUAUAUUCGCACGUAAUUAAGAAAAGUUUACUUCAUACUUGUGGCUUUGUGAGAAAUUUCGAGACUUUUAUGUGAUUCAAACCCCUUUUCUCGUUUAAAAUGCUAGUUUUACAUUCAGAUCGUUGGUAAGCCGAAGUACAAUUACGGACCUCAGAAACAAAGAAAUCAUCUCUGGUUACCAGAUUAAAAUAGUUCAGUAUUUUCGCUGCGGUUGAUGGACCCGAUAUCCAGCAGUCAAAGGAUGACAACAAUUCCAACAAAAUCGAAAAUAUUUUCGCUGAUGGAAGUUUCGUUUCAUACUGACAUGUCUUCGUGUUGGGUUGUAAUUCACGAUAAAGUGUAUGAUGUGACCAAUUUUUUGGACGAGCAUCCAGGCGGAAGGGAGAUCAUUCUAGAACACGCAGGUAUGGAUGCUACAACUGUAUUCCAGGACAUAGGCCAUUCGUUUGAAGCUCUAAAGGUUCUCUCUAAAUAUCAAAUUGGAGAACUAAGCGAGAAAGACAAACUCUACAAUUCCAAGCCCAAACUAUGACGAUCAAAGGUAACGUACAAUAAGUUUCAUCAAGACUAAGUUAUUUCGCUCGCUGUAAUUCAAUUAAAAGUUGAUUUUCCAAAUCACUCAUCACAAACCUUUAGUCAAUGAAUUCUCUGCAUCGUCAAAAUUAAUUCUUAAAAGAAAAAGUUCUCCGUCGCGUUGAGCUCGUCAUUGAUUGAAGUGAUCUGAGGGGUGUUGUCU